AACCAUCAAAUCCAGUUCGACACUCGACGCAGAACAACAAUGGCCUUCAAGUUUGUUGCCUUCGCCGCCCUUUUGGCCGCCGCCAACGCUGGUGUGAUCGGCACCCAAUACGCCGCCGCCCCAUUGGCUUACUCUGCUGCCCCAGUAGCUAAAUUGGCUUACUCCGCCCCAGUGGUAGCUAAGAGGACUGUAGAAUACACCGCUGACCCAAUCCACGGAUUCAACGCUGUAGUCCACCGUGAACCUUUGGGCGUCAAAGUAGCUGCCCCAGUUGUUGCUAAAGUAGCUACCCCAGUCCACUACGCCGCCGCCCCAGUAGCCAAAGUAGCUUACGCCGCUGCCCCAGUAGCUUACGCUGCUUCUCCAGUAGCUUACGCUGCCCCGGUAGCUAAGAUCGCCGCCCCAGUCGGUUACGCCGCUGCCCCAGCCCAAUACUACCAUCACUAAAUCUAAAUCAACUUCAUUAUUAUUUAUUUUUUAAG